AUGGCCGACGACCCGCACAACACCAGUGACAUUUCCGACACAAUCGACGCCGCGCCCAUAAAGGAAGAUGCCGAGACCACAGCUGCGCGGCGCGAGCUCAAGCGAACAGGUCUCUCGGAGAAGGACGUCGCAGAUGCAUCACAGCGGGACAAGUCUUCGUCGCAGGACGAAAAGAGCAGCUCCGAUGACGAUGACAGCACGCCAAAUGACAAUGCCCCACCCCGGACCGCCACGCCCGAUGCCGACGUGGGCGACGCUGUGAGCGACGAGUUGAAGGCACAAGUAGCCUCUCCCAAGAAGAAGAGAGCGCACGACGAACUUGAAGAGCACAAGGACGACGCAGCCGACGGCUCCUCCAAGGACGCCUCCGCCCCCAGCGAGCCCGUUCCCAGCGCCGGCGCGGCGCAGAACCGGACAGACCGAUCCGAGCCAGAGAAGAAGCGCGCGCGCGACGGCCAAGCAGAAGACCAAGAUGCGAAGGAGGAAUCGGGCAAGGAGAAGACAUCCGAGUCGGAUGACUCGAAGAAGGCCGAAGGAGCAAAGCCCCAGACUUCAUCAAAAUCCGCCUUCGCGAGCUCCGGGUUCGCCAAGCUCGCCAGCCAGUCGGCCUCGCCCUUCGGGGCAUUGGGCAGCGGGAAGCCCAGCAUGUUCGGGUCCUCGUCCAUGGGAUCUUCGUCGCCCUUCAGCGUUCUCGGAGGCCAGAAGCCUGCGUCUGGCGCUGCCCCCCCCACAUCACCACCCAAGCUCACUUUCGGCAGUGCCGCAGCCACAGCGUCCCCAUUUGGAGGCAUCAACGGGAAGCUCGGCGGCAGCGGUGGCGGGUCGGCGUUUGGUAGCGCCUUCGGCAGCGUACUAGGCGGGCGCCCUGGCGGAAGCGGUGCGAGCGUGCUUAAGGGGUCACGGCUCGGCGGCUCCUUUGGAAAGCCAGGCAACACCCUCCAGAGCGGCAAGCCGGCGAAGCCCUUUGGCGCGCCAGAGAGCGAUAACGAGGAGGAGGAGACGGCUGGGGAUGAGGACGAUGCCAGCAGCUCUAAGGGAGCCGGGGCGGGAUCUGACAGCGACGAGAAGAAGGACGCCACAGCUGAAACCGAUAAGGACGAGUCCAGGGCCGCGGGUUCUUCAAGUCUCGACGACAAGAAAAAGCAGCCACGGUUACAGAAGAUCGUGGUCGACAAUGGCGAAGGCAGCGAGGUCACGCUCCUCACGGUCCGAGCCAAGAUGUUCCAGAUGGAAAAGGGGGUCGGCUGGAAGGAGCGUGGCGCUGGCAUGUUGAAGAUCAACGUGCCCAAGGCGAGCGUAAACGUGGACGACAACGGGAACGUAAUACCGGACUCGUUUGACGCAUCGGUCCUCGAGGACGAAGACGAGGGCGGCGACAGCGAAGGGAGGAAGCAUGUUCGUUUGAUCAUGCGCCAGGACCACACGUUACGCGUCAUUCUCAACACGGUUAUCGUGCCCGCCAUGACCUUCCACCUCACGCAGAAGCUCAAGUCGGCCAAUAUCCUCUUCACGGCAUUCGAAGGCAGCGAGGCGAAGCAAGUGCAGAUGAAGAUGAGCGAGGCAAACGCCACGCUCUUCAUCCAGCAAGUGGAGAUGAUAAAGAAGCAGCUCGCAGACAUCUAA